AUGCCACCAGCUGGGCAGAAACGCAAGCGCGAAGCUGGCGACAAUGGGGAGUCUGAGCCCAUGCAGAAGCAGAUUCUCCCUGUAGCAAGCCUCCCCUCUACCUUCAAUGGCGAGCCUGAGGAUGGGUUGCAGUAUUUGUGGACCGUCAGACGGGAUGCCAGACGACUGCCCAACCAUACACGCGUAGACAAUCCAUACAAAUUUCCUUCUAUUGACGUCGAAGCCGCCGACCCGAACCGACCACCACCUUCCGAUCCAAAACUUCCUUCUGAAGAAUGGAGGCAGACGUUCGAACGACGGUUCGUUAAUUUUCGUAAAAACAUGGCACAACCGACCAUCAACGUCUCUCUCCCUAGUGCCAAUGGUCAGAAAUUGAUGCCUGAAAAGAAAGACCGCGACGCGUGGUGGUCCUUCCUCUCCGGUGCUCCAGCUUCUGUAUGGGAUCCUCCUCGGCAACCUAAAGCGGUUAAGAAGAUGGGUAGGUACGGUAGUGCUGGUUCUGGGUAUGGAUAUGGUCAGAGCGACUAUGUCCCGUACGAAGAGGCCGAUGUUGUGAAUGGGGUUUCUGAGGUGAAGAAAGAGGCCGUGCAGAUGCAAAUAGGGGUCUUCAUGGACGGGGUGGUCACGGGUGGAGACGUUCCCGCUCUCCCUUCACCUCCAAAACCUCCUCCUCCACAAAAUGGCACUCAAACACCAGAAUGUGACGGCACGAUGUCGAAACCCGUCAGCGAUACGCCAACUUCGAUACCACGGGAACCGACACCCAGUUUACUUCGGCAGAUCGACCAUCGCACUUCUCUUCACCUCCUGAUGUAUUUCACACAUUGGCUCAAUCUAUAUAUCCAAUCACCGAUGUCUUCAUCGGCACAUACACCAUUGGACGCACACGCACGCUGGAUAUUCGCACUUCUAGCGCGCGUAGAUGAUUUUUGUGUUGCAGACGAAGUGAGCGGGCUUCGUUCGCUAGCGCGGGCAUGUAUAUCAUUCGUCCAGGCCGAACGGAAGCGUCGUGAGUCAGAGGACGACGCCGCACGGACUAAUGACAUCUCGGACGAGAAGGACAAGAAGGAUACCAAUGAGACAGAAAAAGAGGGAAGAGCGAUAUCGAAGGAUGGGAGGAUGAGUGAGAUCUCGUGUUGGAUGAUCGUUGGAGCCGUCGUCGGAGUGUGGGCACAGAGAGAUUUAUGGAUGGACGCGGAGGAGCAGUUGAGCCGCAGCUCUUAG